AUGGGAAAAGAGCAAAAGCAGGAGAAUGCAAUCAUCACCACCAUACCUCCACAACCCCAGGACAAAGGCCAAGAGAACCAAUCGGAACCCCAAAACGACGAUUCCGAGCCUGAAAUUGAGGUCCCAUUGCCUCUCACCGAUACUUCCCGGGUUUUGUAUAUGUUGGGAGAUUUCACCGCAGGGCCUGCGUUUAGGUUCACGCAAUGGCUCCAAUUGGUUCGUAAACGCACUGCCAAUUCCAAUUCCAAUUCCUCUGGAUUCCCCCACCGUCGCUGCCGUUCUGCCACCACCAUGCCUUCUACUCCGACCAUUGGCGAAUCAAUUCAGGGUGCAAAAUGUGAUACAGCCCCUGAGCAAACAGAAACUAGUUUGUGGGAUAGGCUUGGGAAAGCUUCCAUGUUGGACAUUGAAUCGAGUUCAUUUUCUUGGGAUAAGCUCAUUUCGCUUCACCACAUUGAACACAGCAGUAGCAAUGAACUUAUUGAGGAUGAAAUGAACAAAGCUCUUGAGGUAACUGUAAAUUCUGGAGGGGUUGUCUUCUUUGCCUUUUUCAACUGCGCUGGGAAUGAUGAUGCUGUUUCAAAAGAAGCAGCAGCUGUUAUAAAGAUAUCAUCAUCAAGAAUGGCAACACAGUCUGAACGCCUUGGCUAUGAAUUUGCCAGGUGUUUGGGAGUCCAAACGCCACAGGCUAGAGUCAUUCACAAUACCAGUUCAGAAUGGCACCAAAUAAAAGAAGCUGCAGAAAAGGCUAAAGAAGCAUCAUCUGAUGAGGGUGAUGAAAUUGGGGAAGUGACCUGUUUUGAACUUUUGGAAGCUCUUGAGCUUAGCAGAUGUCUCUUUUUUAUGAGUUAUGUACAUGGAUCACCUUUGCUUGAGAACUCUAGUGCAUUUGAGUCCGAAGAAUUUGCAGAAAGUACAUCAGCAGCUCUUGGCAGGGUGCUGAUGUUGGACCUAGUCAUCAGAAAUGAAGAUAGGCUCCCUUGUCGUGAACUUAGGUGGCGUGGGAAUUCUGCAAAUUUGUUGUUGGCUGAAAAGAAGAUCUCUACAAAUACAGAUGCAAUAGAAGCAGCCUUUGAUUCUGCAAUAAAUCGAUAUAGACCAAAAGCGAUUAGGGCUCUUCAAAAAGAAAGAAGGUCAACUUCAGUUGACAGCAGACUCAUUUCUCAUAAGCCUGACUUGAUAUCACAAGCUUCUGAUCUGUCUGAUAUUUUAGAGUCUCCGAGAUCCGUUGACAUGAGCCUGGAGAGGCAAAAGGAAUCUCCCGAUUUUAACAUUGUAGCCAUUGAUUCAGGCGUUCCUCGCCGGCCCCCUGCUGGAAAACGUGCAAAUGACCAGGUUAAUUAUCCUAAGUUGGUUGAGUUGUUAUUGCAUAGUUCUGAGUUUGCCUCAAACCUUUUAUAUGAUAUAACUGGAGGGAAAUUAGGAUGUCCUCCACCAGAAGACAUGGAUACACUUGAUACACAUGAUACACAUGCAAGUGACAUGACACCAGUAGUUCAUGCAUUUCGUACCGGAUUUCGGUCUUCUCUUAGAGAUUUGCAGGGUUUCCAUAUAUUCCUACUAACACUUCACCAAAGACUAGAUAUCUUGUUUCGAUCAUUUAUGAACAUUAUAAGCAAAAUAUCUUUGGGGGAAGGUGACAAAGAGGAUUCAGUGGUACCUGAGUCACCUUCAGUGGCUACUGGUAGUAAUUGUUACUCUCCAACCAGUAGGGAGAGGUUUUCUAAUGAUAACCAUCAAGAUUUUACUGAUUCAGAAUCUCAGAGAUAUGCUUCAAGGGCAUCAUCUUGGGGAAAUAGAGAUAGUUGUGACUCUGCUUCAACAUCAAAAGAAAAUCGGUAUGGAAAGUUCUAUAGAGGAAAUGGGGAGCCACUUCGCAGUCUCCGCUUAACAACUAAGAUUCGUGACUUUCACAAAUUUGCAAAGGUCGAUGCUGAAUCUAAUAAAGAAUUGGAGCAGUGGAAUGAAAUGCUUAAAAGUGAUGCUAUCAAACUAUGCCAGGAAAACAACUUCUAUACAGGAUUUUUUGAGGGUAGUGAUAAUAACAUCAUUGUUGAUGCAUAUGAACUUAAGGUCAGACUUGAGCAUAUUCUUGAAAGAAUUGCAUUGAUAUCUGACGCUGCAAGUACAGAGAAACCAUCUGCCGUUACAAGCACUGUGUUCAUUGGUGGAGCACUAGCUGCAAGAUCUGUUUAUACAUUGCAAUACUUGGGAAUCACACAUAUUAUAUGCUUGUGUACCAAUGAAAUUGGACAAUCAGAUACUCAGUUUCCUGAUCUAUUUGAGUACAAGAAUUUCUCUGUGUAUGACAAUGAAGAUUGUAACAUCAGCAGCAUAUUUGAAGAAUCAUGUGAUUUUAUAGAUCAUGUUGAACAAAAUGGUCAGAAAGUUUUAGUUCAUUGCUUUGAAGGGAAAAGCAGAAGUGUGACAGUGGUCCUUGCUUACUUAAUGCUCAGGAAGAACUUAACUUUAUUAGAAGCAUGGAAUGCUCUGAAACGAGUUCAUCGCCGGGCACAACCUAAUGAUGGUUUCGCAAAGAUCUUACUGAAAUUAGAUCAGAAACUGCACGGGAAGGUGUCAAUGGAGUGGCAGCAGCGGAAACCGAGCAUGAAAGUUUGCCCCAUAUGUGGGAAGAAUGCAGGACUAAGCAGUGGCUCACUGAAACUGCAUCUGCAGAAAGCCCAUAAGAAGCUAUCAUCUGGGAGUGUAGAUAGUGCCAUGUCAAUGGAGAUCCAAAAGGCAUUGACAGCUUUGAAGAUUAGCCGUGGCGGAAGUGUCAGCCCGACACAAAGGUCCUCUCAUUCAACAGAUGAGUGAAUACAAGAUACUGUAAAUCCAACUUACUUUACUCUAGCAACAGAUAGUAAGUAUAGGAACUAAUGAGGGUAAAUAUUUUACUUGAGCAGCUACGCCUGAAGUAUAGUUUUUCUUCUGUCCAUUUCUUCUAGCUUCUCUCCUGUAAAACCUAAAGGGUUAAAGGUUGCAACAUGUGGGGGUUAUU